AUGAUCAAUAUUAAACACACCGAAACGACGUCGUCUUCUUCAAUCGUCACGGCGGAGAAGGCAAUCUCAUUCAUUUCAAAGGGCUGGCGGGAUGUCCGGUCAUCGGCCGACGCCGAUCUCCGAUUGAUGAAAGACCGUGCCAAGUCGUUCAAGAACUUAGCCUCCUCCUUUGAUAAAGAGCUCGAGAACUUUCUAAAUUCAGCUUCUAAAUCCCCUUUCACGGUCCCCACAAUUACCGCCUCUACCACUCCCGCCGAAAUCGACUUCGUCAAGAGGCUACAGCCGAAAUUGAACGAAAUUCGGAAGACUUAUUCGUCACCGGAUUUUAGUAAACGAGUUUUGGAGAAGUGGAGCCCUCGGCCGAGGAUAAGGAUCGAUUUGAGUGCGAUUAAGAAUGCAAUAGUGUCCGAAGUGGAGGUGUUUGAUGAGAGAGAAGGAUUUAGGAGGGCGAGAGCGAGGAGGAUAAGGUUUAAGGAGGGGAGAGAGGAAGGGCAGUUUGGGGAAUGGGAACUGAUAAAGGUCUUGAAGACUAGGUUGAGGGAGUUGGAGCAAAAGAGCUCGUCGGCUGAGAUAUUUGGGGGUUUUAAGAACAGUGAGUUCGUGGAGAAAGUGAAGUCCAGUUUG